CUGAUCUUGUAGGCUCUAGUUUUCUCCCAAAGCUUCUGGCCCCUUCUGUACUGUCUAUAUAAGCAAACCCCUGCUUACCAUUUUCACCAUCAAGCACAAAAGCUCGAUAGAUUAUACCUCGUCUUCCUGAACUAAAAGAGCCUCCAUCCUUCUGUUCUAGUACAGAGAAGAAAAUAGAAAAAAAAUGAGUUCAACAAGCAAAGCUUGGAUGGUAGCCUUUGGUAUUGCAGCUGUGGAGGCAAUGAAAGAUCAAGGGUUUUGCAGAUGGAACUACACAAUUAGAUUAUUACACCAUCAUGCCAAGAACAAAGUUAGGUCAAUGUCUAAGGCCAAGAAGCUGUCUUCUCCGACUUCUAACGUGGUUUCAAGUAAAGUAAGAGAAAAUCAGAAGGCAAAGCAAUCAGAGGAGUCACUAAGGACCGUCAUGUACUUAAGUUGUUGGGGUCCCUACUGAGGUUGUUGUGGUUAUAGAUGACAAAGAUCAAACUGUUUGUAGAGUUCCCAUCAAAGAUUUUGAUCAGCCAUGAUCAGAUUCUACUCCAGGACCAUCAAUUGUAAAUUAAUCUGUCAUUUUUUGUUUAUUAAAUUAUAUAAAUCUUUAAUCUGAUUAUAAACUGC